CUAAAUUAGCAAUCAAGGCAAGAACAAAACUUUUCUCUAACACUCUUCCAUGGCGGCUGCCUCUUCAAUGGCUCUUUCCUCCCCUUCUUUCGUCGGAAAGGCAGUGAAGCUAUCCCCAACUGCCUCCGAGGUUCUAGGCUCAGGUCGUGUCACAAUGAGGAAGGCCACCAGUAAGGCCCCUGUCUCCUCCAGCCCAUGGUAUGGUCCAGACCGUGUCAAGUAUUUGGGUCCAUUCUCGGGUGAGUCCCCAAGCUAUCUGACUGGUGAAUUCCCCGGAGACUAUGGGUGGGACACUGCUGGACUCUCUGCUGAUCCAGAGACUUUCUCCAAGAACCGUGAGCUCGAGGUCAUUCACAGCAGAUGGGCCAUGUUGGGUGCCCUCGGAUGUGUCUUCCCCGAGCUUUUGGCUCGCAAUGGUGUUAAGUUUGGUGAGGCAGUUUGGUUCAAGGCAGGAUCUCAGAUCUUUAGCGAGGGUGGGCUUGACUAUUUGGGUAACCCUAGCUUGGUACAUGCUCAAAGCAUCUUGGCAAUAUGGGCUACUCAAGUUGUUUUGAUGGGUGCUGUUGAGGGUUACCGUAUUGCUGGAGGUCCACUUGGGGAGGUGGUUGACCCAUUAUACCCUGGCGGUAGCUUUGACCCGUUGGGACUUGCCGAAGAUCCGGAAGCUUUUGCAGAGCUUAAGGUGAAAGAGCUCAAGAACGGUAGACUUGCUAUGUUUUCGAUGUUUGGAUUCUUUGUUCAGGCAAUUGUAACCGGAAAGGGUCCAUUGGAGAACCUUGCGGACCACUUAGCUGAUCCUGUCAACAACAACGCUUGGUCAUACGCCACAAACUUUGCUCCCGGAAAAUAAGUUUGUUAUGGUUGAUAGUGAGAUGUAAAAGUGUCUAUUAAGCCAUGCCAUGUAAAUUGUUAAUGUGCACUAUUGGUUCUUAUAAAAAUGAUUAAAUUUCUGUUCAAAUGAGAAUAUUUAGAACUGUGUUAUUUUUUUACAAGAAACUUUAGAAUUGUUUUAAUUAUGUUUCAUGAUUAAUCUUUUUAUGCAUAG